AUGGCCGACUCUCUCACCGAGGAGCAAGUCUCCGAGUUCAAGGAGGCAUUCUCUUUGUUUGACAAGGAUGGAGAUGGUCAGAUCACAACCAAGGAGCUGGGUACCGUGAUGCGUUCCCUGGGCCAAAAUCCUUCCGAGUCUGAGUUGCAAGACAUGAUCAAUGAGGUUGAUGCCGACAACAACGGCACCAUCGACUUUCCAGAAUUCUUGACCAUGAUGGCUCGUAAAAUGAAGGACACCGAUUCCGAGGAGGAAAUCAGAGAAGCGUUCAAGGUGUUUGAUCGUGAUAACAAUGGGUUUAUCUCGGCAGCAGAACUGCGUCAUGUGAUGACAUCGAUUGGCGAAAAGCUCACCGAUGAUGAGGUUGACGAGAUGAUUCGAGAAGCUGACCAGGACGGCGACGGCCGAAUCGACUCACUGGGCGCAACCUUUUACGGCCCUAUAUUCGCGGUUGUUGCAUUCAACGAGUCCCGAACUUUAGCGCUGGGUCUCUUCUGCCUUGAGCUUGAACGAAUCGACCUGCGACUACAUCUUCCAUUGCCUUCUACAUUGUUGACCGAUAGCGCUCAUGUUAGCCACCUGUGCUCUACGAUGAGCUCACUAAAGCAAUUCAUCCGCAAUGUUCGUGCGGCAAAGACAAUCGCUGACGAGCGCGCCGUGAUUCAGAAGGAGAGUGCAGCUAUCCGCGCGAGCUUUCGGGAGGAGAGCCAUGACCAUAGCGUUCGCCGCAACAAUGUUGCCAAGUUGUUGUAUCUCUUCACACUCGGGGAAAGAACCCACUUCGGUCAAAUUGAGUGUCUGAAGCUACUCGCCUCUCCUCGAUUUGCAGAUAAACGGCUUGGCCAUCUUGCCACUAGCUUGCUUCUGGAUGAAAACCAAGAAGUUCUGACACUAGUCACCAACUCUCUAAAAAAUGACCUGAGCCACUCAAAUCAAUACAUCGUGGGGCUUGCCCUGUGCACGCUGGGAAACAUUGCCUCCAUUGAGAUGUCAAGGGAUCUAUUUCCCGAGAUCGAGACCUUGAUAUCGACAUCGAACCCGUAUAUUAGGAGGAAGGCCGCCCUCUGCGCCAUGAGAAUCUGUCGCAAGGUCCCUGAUUUGCAAGAACACUUUUUGGAAAAGGCAACACAAUUACUGUCCGAUAGAAACCACGGAGUCCUCCUCUGCGGGCUGACUCUUGUCACCAGCUUGUGUGAAGCCGACGAGGAAGAAGGAGGUGAAGAAGGCAUUGUCGACAAAUUCAGGUCAUUCGUUCCAGGACUUGUCAAGACACUAAAAGGACUCUCGACUUCUGGGUAUGCUCCAGAGCAUGAUGUUACCGGCAUCACGGACCCAUUUGUUCAAGUGAAACUCCUUCGACUGCUGAGGGUCCUCGCUGUUGGAGACCCAGAGACAAGUGAACAGAUCAAUGAUAUUCUGGCACAAGUCGCAACUAACACAGACUCAUCAAAAAAUGUCGGCAACUCUAUUUUGUACGAGGCGGUUCGCACAAUCCUAGAUAUCGAAGCCGAUUCCGGGCUCAGAGUUCUCGGAGUGAACAUCCUUGGCAAGUUCCUCACAAAUCGCGACAAUAAUAUCCGUUACGUGGCUUUGAAUACGCUUAUCAAAGUUGUUGCGAUUGAGCCCAAUGCUGUUCAAAGACACCGCAACACGAUUCUAGAAUGUCUUAGGGAUCCGGAUAUCAGCAUCAGAAGACGUGCUCUUGAUCUCAGUUUCACCCUGAUAAAUGAGAGCAACGUACGCGUCCUUAUCCGAGAGCUUCUAGCCUUCUUAGAAGUGGCCGACAAUGAGUUCAAGCCGACAAUGACAAGCCAGAUUGGAAUCGCAGCCGAUAAAUUCGCUCCCAACAAGAGGUGGCAUUUCGAUACCAUGCUCCGCGUGUUAUCUUUGGCCGGAAAUUAUGUAAAGGAACAAAUUCUCUCUUCGUUUGUUAGACUUAUCGCGACGACACCAGAGCUUCAAACGUAUGCAGUACAGAAGCUAUAUAUCAACCUUAAGAAGGAUAUCACACAAGAGAGUCUUACCCAGGCGGGCGCAUGGUGCAUUGGUGAGUACGCCGAUGCCUUGCUCAAAGGUGGCCAGUACGAAGAGGAGGAGCUCGUUCAACAAGUGGGCGAAAAUGAAGUGGUAGAUUUGUUUGCACUUGUUUUAAACAGCAGCUACGCAACGCAAGUCUCCACUGAAUAUAUUAUCACUGCUUUGAUGAAGCUUACCACUCGUUUUUCGGAAGCUUCUCAAGUUGAGAGAAUAAGGCGGGUGCUUCAGACUCAUCAAACCAGCCUCGAUGUCGAAGUGCAACAACGAGCAGUCGAGUACAGCAACUUGUUCUCAUUUGACCAGAUUCGUCGUGGCGUCUUGGAGAAAAUGCCUCCGCCACAAAUCAAAGAGUCGUCUCGAGUUCUAGGUCCAGCCCCUACAAAGAAAUCGAAGGCUACGAACAGGAAAUCUAAGGUGCUCAAACCCACAGAGCAAGACCUCCUUGACCUUAUGGAUGCACCUGCACCGGCUACUUUAGGGGCAGGGCAGGCGACGAAUUCCGAUCUCUUGGCAGACAUUCUUGGGGGCAGCACACCAGACACACCACCGACCUCAUCAUCGCCACAUGCACCUCAGCAGGCCAAUAUGUCAUCAAUCAUGGACCUUUUCGGCUCUGAACCAAACAACCCGUCCACCUCGCAGAUGGAGACGUCAGUCGCGACGGACUUGUUGAGCAACAGCUCUUCCAAAGCUCAGUCUCACCAAGUUGAAUCUCGUCAUCCCUGUUACAGUGCCAAUGACUUGAAUGUAACAAUGCAGGUGCAAAGGAACGCAGAGGGGCUCAUUCAAGCUAUUGCGCGAUUUCAAAACCUAUCUGGAUCGACGUCACUCUCUCAUGUCGGGUUACAAGCUGCAGUUCCCAAAUCUCAGAAACUUCAACUCCUCAACAUUUCAUCGGCACAACUAGAGCCAGGCGCAGACGCUACUCAGAUGAUGAGAAUUUCUGGGUGCAAAGGAUUCUCACCUGGACAAUGGUUAGAUACAUAUGUCCCCGGAAUUGCCAAAGCUGGAGGCUUCACCAUCACAUGUGCUCCUUCAGCAGCAACAACCUCAUCAAGCUUCCGUGUGCCAUAUCUCGAGCUUGCAGUCCAGAAAUGCCCAGAGAAUGAGGUUGCUGCGUGGCUGUGGCAAUCAGCAGAGAAUGUGAUUGGGUCUCUCCUGCAUGUUCGUGUCGGGGGCAGCUUUGUCUUUCCCCCGACCCUAAAUGUGCGGUUGGAGAAUAUCAAGAGGGUCAUCUUUGUGGCCGGUGGGCUAGGUAUAAACCCAUUCAUGAGUAUGCUCAGCUAUAUUGGUGAGAUGAAUGGACUUCCAAGACUAGAAAUUCUCGUUUUCUAUGCUAGUAAAAUUCCUGACAGCGGUGGUUUGGAGAACAUUUUGUUUUUGCAGCGCAUUGCUAGCUUAUUUGCCAAUGGUAGACUCGAGGGGAAGUUCAGAUUGUAUUUGACGGGCAACUCCGAAACAUGUCGACAAUUUGAUACAUCCUGCGGAGCUGCCCAUCUGAAGGACUUCAAUGUCGAAAUUCAAAAGGGUAGAUUAUCCGUUCUUGAGCUGGGUCGACGGCUUGAGAACCUGGACCACAGCUCGAGUAUUGUGUACGUAUGUGGCCCCCCGACCAUGACAGACUACAUAUUCAAGUUUCUAUCUUCGGAAAGCUCAUGGUUGAACAUACCUCCCAAACAUGUCAUGACAGAGAGGUGGUGGUAA